AUGUCAGAAAUCGUAAGAACUGAAUCUACGACCAUUUCCCAACCGCCCAUUUCGCAACUGACCGUUUCGCAACCAUGA